AUGACUUUCUCGAGUUUGAUGAACGCCAUUGCUUUAACCUUUUAUAUUAUAAUUUUAGCGUGGUAUAGUCAUCAAACUCGAGUUUUAGGUCAUGGAUUUUUGGGUAAUUAUGGAAAGUCUAGACCUUACGAAGAAGGUUUAUGCGCUUCUUUGAUCAGCAUUCAUGGCUACAAAUGUCAAGAACUUGAGGUUACAACUAAUGAUGGAUACAUUCUUAGCAUUCAAAGAAUUCUAGAAGGUCGAGUUAAGGUUGAAGGUAAUGUCACUAAGGAGCCUGUAAUUGUUCAACAUGGAGUUAUGGUGGAUGGAGCAACAUGGUUUAUGAACAGUCCAGAGCAAAAUUUGCCUAUGAUUCUUGCUGAUAAUAAUUUUGAUGUAUGGGUUGUUAAUACUAGAGGAACCAAAUAUAGUCGCAAACACACUUACCUAGACGCCUCUAGACAGGAAUAUUGGCAUUGGUCUUGGGAUGAACUGGUUACUUAUGAAAUGCCAGCUAUUUUUGAUUAUGUCUCAAAGGAAACAGGACAAAAGAUACAUUAUGUUGGACAUUCUUUGGGGACUUUGGUUGCUUUGGUAUCAUUAGCCGAAGGUAAAUGGGAAAAUCAGAUAAAAUCGGUGGCGUUGUUGAGUCCUAUCGCAUAUUUGAGCCGAAUUAAAACGGAAAUUGGAGUUAUUGCUGCAAAAUCCUUACUCGGCGAGAGUUUAACUGUUUUGCACAUUGCCGAAUUUGAUCCCAAAGGGAUUCCUGUCGCCGAUUUUAUUAAGAAUAUUUGUGUUGAAAAUGGACUAAAUUGCAAUGAUUUAUUCACUUUAAUAACAGGUCCGAAUUGUUGUUUAGAUAGAACAGCUUUUGAUGACUUCAUGAAAGUUGAACCACAAUCUUCAUCAACAAGAAACCUUUUACAUUUAGCUCAGACUGUUCGAACCGAUAGAUUGUCGAAAUACGACUUUAUGAGACCACACUUAAAUUUGUUCCAUUAUGGACAACUGAAUCCUCCGAGCUACGACCUCUCGAAAAUUCCUAACAACAUUCCAAUCUUCAUGAGCUACGGUGGUACCGAUGCGCUCGCCGAUGUCGCCGAUGUUCAGAAGCUCUUAAAUGACCACUUUCAGGACCAUGACAAAGACAAGCUUAGUGUUCAAUUCAUUCCCAAUUAUGCUCAUGGUGACUACAUGUUUGCUACGAAUGCUAAUCAACUAGUGUAUACAAAUGUUACAUCUUUUUUUAAACGUAAAUUUUGA